AUGGAUCACUACAGUUCUGAGGAUAUACUGUGUAAAGCCGUGGAAGCAAUUUACGUGAAAUCGUCACUGGUCCGCAUUAUGAACAUAUUUGAGCUAGUGAUCGCUCUCAUUGGUGCAGCAAUCGCUAUUUUCUCAGCGGCUACAAUUUUUCGCAUCAGAUCGCUUCAUUUCAAUGCGCGAAUGUUGCUGGUUGUGUACUGCAUCGGUUUUGCAAUCACUAAUUGCGGUACAUUGAUAAAAUCAUAUCAAUUUAUGUAG